AUGCUGUCAAGAGCCAUCAGACUGCCGGCUCUGCGUGGCGCUGCCGCGUCCCUUGCACCAUCAGCUACCUACAACACCGUUCUCCCCAGAGUGUCCCAGUCACUAUCGCAGACCAGACUGCUAUCUCAAGAAGUCAGGACCGCCAUAUCCCGCGCGAUCGAGUCUGCACCAGUCGUCCUGUUCAUGAAAGGCACACCAGACAACCCCCAAUGCGGCUUCUCGCGAGCAAGCGUGCAGAUGCUGGGUGAGAACGGUGUCGACCCAGAGAAGUUUGCCGCCUAUAAUGUACUCGAGGAUCCAGAGCUGAGAUCAGGAAUAAAAGAAUACUCCGAAUGGCCCACCAUUCCUCAACUCUAUAUCGAAAACGAAUUUAUCGGAGGUGCCGAUAUCAUAAUGUCUAUGCACAAGGACGGCAGUCUGUUCGACACAUUAAAGAGUAAGGGGUUGGCGAUUCUCGCCGACGAUGAGCCCAAGGCGUCCUGA